AUGGGAAAGAAAACCGCUACCUCAUGGUUGUCAAUAGUGAAAAAGGCCUUCAGGUCUCCAGCUGAAGAUAAUGAGAAAAAGAGUUGCAGAAGAAGAGAAGAAUGUGAGCAGGAAGAAGAUGAAAAGGUAAUACUAGUAAUUAAGAACUACAUCUAUCGUUGUUUUCUGCGCUUAGCGAGUUCUCUUCCAUUUAUACUAAACCUUAAUCAAUUUCCUGGUGCUUGCCUUUUUGGGCUUGUGCAGAAGAGGGAAAAGAGAAGAUGGCUCUUUAGAAGGCCUAGUAAUAUCAAUCAUGUUCAACAAUGUGAAGCAAAGACACCAACAGAAACUACAGGUACUGCAACACCAGUGAAUCCUGAAUUGGAUAUUGCAGAGCAAAGGCACGCAAUUGCGGUUGCAGCAGCCACUGCAGCAGUAACUGAAGCUGCUGUGGCAACAGCUCAAGCAGCUGUUGAGAUCUUUAGGCUUAGCUCUAGACCUUCCAAUUACGCUAACGUUAGAGAACAGUAUGUUGCUAUUGUCAUUCAAACAGCUUUUAGAGGCUACCUAGCAAGGAGAGCAUUGCGUGCACUGAAGGGGCUAGUGAAGCUUCAAGCUUUAGUGAGAGGACACAAUGUCAGAAGGCAAGCAAAGUUGGCACUAAAACGCAUGCAAUCUUUGGUUCGAGUACAAGAACGAGUGCUCGAUCAACAGCGUGCAAGGCUUUCACACGAAGGGUGCAGAAAGUCUAUGUUUACUGAAACCAAUGCAUUAUGGGAGAGUAGAUAUCUGCAAGAUAUUCAUGGUAGAAAGUCCAUGUCCAGAUAUAUGAGUUGUACAACAGAUGAGUCGGACGACAGACCACGGGCAAGCGAAGAGAUUGAAGCAUUGUUGCGAAACAAGAAGGAAGCUGAAUUUAAACGUGAAAAGGCCCUUGCUUAUGCUUUCUCUAACCAGAUAUGGAGAUCUAGAAAGAACCCAUCCGCGGAAGAUGAAAAGGAAUUAGAAGAAAGAACAAAAUGGCUUGAUAGGUGGAUGGCCACAAAGAAAUGGGAAAGCAACAGUAGGGCAUCAACUGAUCAUAAAACAGACUCUAUAAAGACUGUAGAAAUUGAUACUUAUAAGCCUCAGUCCUACUCUUCUCCAACAAUCAGAAAAUUCCAGUAUCAAAAUCCCAGACGAUUUUCCACUUCACACUCUGUUGCUCCUCUAAUGACUAGAGAAUUCUCUGUCAACCAAUUUCCAGCCACACCCUCUCCUCGCAAAACAAAGCCUUUGCAAGUUCGUUCAGCCAGCCCUCGGUGCCUGAAAGAAGAGAAAUGCUACUACUCAGCAGCAAACACUCCUAGCUUGGCUUGCAGUACCUACUGCACAAAUAAUGGAAUGUCUCGGAAUGGAAAUACAGCUGCCACGGUUCCAAAUUAUAUGGCUGCCACAGAGUCAGCAAAAGCAAAGGCACGGUCCCAGAGUACGCCAAGACAAAGGCCAUCAACUGAUCCACAGAGGGAACGGGGUGGAUCAUUAGCUAAGAAGAGACUUUCUUAUCCAGCUCCUGAAAGUCAUUUUGGCAUCGGAUCUAGUAGCUUUAGCCACAACUUGAGAAGCCCUAGUUUCAAAAGUGCAUUUGAGGGGCACUAUGGGAUGGAAAGAAUCAUUCUACUCUUCGUAUUAUACAGAAAGUUUUGGGGAUGAAAUUUCUCCACAUUCAACUACUGA